ACUCGUUCGAAUUUAAUUAUUCCGAAACAGAAAUACACUUGAAACUUCAUAGAAGUACAUAAAAUCGAAACAUUAAUAACGAUCGUGUUUAAUAUCGGAUAAAUACGAGUAUUAUAUUUAAUUACGCGUUGAGCUUCAACCUCCUGAACUUUGUUUCAUUUCAAGCAUCUACGAAUAUUUUUAUGUCUCUUUUCUGUAACACAUUUUUGAGUAAUCAUGGCACACGAUAAUUAUAAUAGCUCUUUUAUGCAGACAGGAUGGAGUCCACAGGCGCGCGUGGUAUUUCUGUUUGAUCUUUGCAAAGAAAAAACCGUGGUCGCAAAAUAAAAAGGAAGAAUGGCGAACACGGCUCAUCUCGUCCGUCGGCAAAGCUCUCGCGACUUAAAGCCCCAAAAAAGCGUUGAUAAGCUCGAAAUGAAAGAAAUGAGAGGGAGAUUAGUGGUGGACAAUAGAAAGAACAUCACCACUGCCAAUUAUGGGGCCACGAACGCAGCCUUUGAGGACUCCAGUCCUAACACAAAGAACAAAACGGGAAAUGGGGGCGGGGGCAGUAAGCUCGGAAGUAAUGAAGGAAAAGCAAUUUUUCGGCCGGAAGCUGGAGAGGACGAACGGGAAAAUUGGGACAGUAAGCUUACUUUUCUACUAGCAACCGUUGGAUACGCUGUUGGACUUGGGAACGUAUGGAGAUUUCCGUAUCUCGCUCAAAAAAAUGGUGGAGGUGCAUUUUUAAUCCCGUACUUCGUAAUGCUGGCAAUCGAAGGUAUACCUAUAUUCUAUCUAGAAUUGGCGAUUGGCCAGAGAUUACGAAAGGGUGCUAUCGGUGUGUGGAAUCAGGUCUCUCCAUAUAUGGGUGGUAUCGGUAUAAGCAGCGCCGUAGUUUCCUUCAACGUAGCUCUUUAUUACAACACUAUUAUCGCUUGGUGCCUCUUUUACUUUGUUCAAGUAAGUUACUGUCCACAUUUUUUUAAUUUGUUCAAAACUAAUUUUAAUAGUAUUAACAUAUUACGUUUUCAGAGUUUCCAAUCACAGUUACCGUGGGCAGAGUGUCCCAACGUUUAUUUUCAAAAUGGAUCCUACGCACCCGAACCAGAAUGUGUGGUCAGCAGUCCUACACAGUACUUCUGGUAUCGAACGACGUUGAUGAUCUCCGAUGACAUUAAUACCCCGGAAUUAUUUAAUUGGAAGAUCGCUCUGGCAUUAGUGAUCGCAUGGAUUCUCGUUUAUAUGUGCAUGAUCAAGGGUAUCGCGUCUUCAGGGAAGGUUGUGUACGUGACUGCCACAUUUCCAUACAUCGUUCUAAUUAUUUUCUUCUUCCGUGGUGUCACUUUGAAGGGCAUGUCCGACGGUCUACGCCAUCUUUUUACUCCAAAGUGGUGGAAAUUAACCGAUCCUGUGGUCUGGUUAGAAGCGGGAACGCAGAUAUUUUUUUCUCUCGGUUUGGCGUUUGGUGGCCUAAUUGCAUUUUCAUCUUACAAUCCUGUUAACAACAACUGCUACCGAGACGCCAUUAUGGUCAGCUUGACAAAUUGUUUCACUUCGAUGUUUGCUGGAAUUGUCGUGUUCUCCAUUAUCGGUUUCAAAGCGACCAUGGUUUACGAACGUUGUUUAUCGGACAGAAAUGCCACUCUUAUGAACAUUUAUGGUCAAGUAGAUAAAAUCCCAAGUGAAAUACCUGAUACUGGAUCACUCAUAAAUAUUACAACAGGAAAUGGAACGUUAGACAAUUUAUUCAUGCCAGAAUUACCUGAAUGUGAUCUUCAGAAAGAAUUAGAUAACUCAGCAUCAGGUACAGGCUUGGCAUUUAUCAUUUUUACUGAAGCAAUCAAUCAAUUUCCGGGAGCUCAGUUCUGGUCCGUGUUAUUCUUCCUGAUGUUGUUCACAUUGGGCAUUGAUUCUCAGUUUGGUACUCUCGAAGGAGUAGUCACGAGUAUCGUAGACAUGAAAUUAUUUCCCAAUCUUCGAAAAGAAAUUCUUACAGGUGGUAUUUGUUUGGUUUGUUGCGUGAUUUCAAUGGCAUUCGCCCAUGGUGCUGGUAGCUAUGUUUUUGUACUGUUCGACAAUUUCAGUGGAAACUUUCCUCUGCUGAUUAUCGCCUUCUUCGAAUGCAUCGCAGUGUCAUACGUCUAUGGCCUGAAGAGAUUUGCUGAUGAUAUCGAACUGAUGACUGGCAACCGUCCAGGCCUUUAUUGGCUAAUCUGUUGGAAAUACCUCAGUCCGUUAGCAAUGUUGAGUAUUUUGAUUGCCUCCAUCGUGGAAAUCCUUGUUGAUGGAAGUGGGUAUCCAGCAUGGGUUGCCAGCAAAGGUAUCACGGAGAAACAUGAAUGGCCAGUGUGGGCUUUAGUUCUCAUCGGUAUUCUUAUUCUUGCAUCAGUUCUUUGGAUUCCUACAGUUGCUAUUUGCAGACUUUUUGGGAUACUCAUAAUUGAGGAUAACGAAAAAGCCUGGUUCCCAGCAGCUGAUUUAAAAGAAUUCCAUGGGAUUGUACCACAUGAAGUUACACCAGCCGAAACUUUAUUAUUCUGUAUAAGAAGUGAUGGGUCAGAAGGUCUUUGUUGUCCAACUGGUGGACCCAGUGACGACGAUGAGGAUCUCACCUAGGAAUGGUUAUCCUCGUACAUGUUGGAUUAACAUGUGUUUAAGUGGUUUAUAGACCGAAAAACAGCACUU